CGACAUCGACGUGUGCGUUGUGUGCGCGUUGAUUCGGCACACCCAUUUCUUUGAUCAAGGAAGAUAUAGAUCUAGGCCCUAUCUCUCUUUCUCAGGAAUUUUUUUCGAAUCUUGAUAGCUUUGACGACAUUGAGACAACAUGAGCGCCAAACUGGGCAACAUCAAGGAGCGCAUCAAAGCGAUUCAGCUAAGCAUUGAUGAGGCAAAUAAAACCAUCAGAGAGCGUCAAACUCAAUACGAGGAACAAAGGCAGAGAGCUGAAGAUUUUGAGGAACAGAUCAAGAUCCUGAACAAUAAACUUCGAGCUGCGGAGGAGAUCCAAUCCGAGAAAGAAAAUGAGAUGUCAAAUCUCAAAGGGAAAAUUCAUGAAAUAGAGACAGAAUCUGAAGAAAAUGCCAGAUUUGGAAAUGUUUUGAAGAUGCGUGAGCAGAAAAAUCUUGAAAGAAUUCAAGAUUUGGAGCAAACGAUUGAACAAAGAACUUCAGAAAUUGAGCGCCUAGACCGAAUCAACUCAGAUCUCCAGUGUAGCUGCCAGCAGAUGGAAGAUAAAUUGGAGAGUUCGGAAUGUAGGGGCAUGCAACUUAAAAGCAUGUUGGAUGAGGGAAUGGAAGAAGUAAACCAGCUCAGAAACACCUACAAAUCCAAGGAGGCUGGAAAGAAAGACAUGGAGGAGAAGUUCAAUAAAUGGGAUAGUGAACGUGAGGAGAAAAAAGAACAUUAUGAACAGGCAACUUGCCGUGCAGAAGAAGCAGAGAGAAAGCGAGAAACUCUCUUGGCAAAGAUAGACAUGUUGGAAGACGAGCUGGCGAACACUGUAGAGAAGAGAAAGGCUUGUGAAGAAGAAAUGAGCCAGCUCUGUUCAGAGGUUGAUCAUAUUUAAACUGUAUCAGUCUCGGGCUUCAUCGGAAUCGGCUUGGAUUUACGUUCCAUCAUGUUACGCAUAAGGCUUGUAUGUGAAAAUACUGAAGUUCUCUCAUGAAUGAAAUUUUUAUAGAAAGUAGAAAAUAGGUGAUUUCAAUUCUCCAAAUUCUCGAAUUCUACAAAUCCUACCAUGGGGUCUAUGACCUUUCUUGUGGGUUUUUUCGGGGGGGGGGGGGGUUAUCUUCUCUUCCCGUGUAUUCUAUGAAUAUGCUUGCACAGAUGAAGAGUAGAAAGAAGUAAUGAAGUUGGAUAAUUUUAUAGAUAGAUCCAUUAGGUUAUCUCUAAUCAAAUUCUUUGGAUUUUUACAUCUACUUUAGUUUCCUUUUGGAGGUUGUGUUGUAAGAGUGUCUCAUUCUUCAAAUAGCCAGGCAAAAAUGUAAUGAGUAAAGAAUGGUAUAAAUUAGCAUAAAACAAUAUUUGAUCUGAAUGUAUACCAAAGGAGGAAACAGUGAUUGGGAAGAAUUUGAAAAGUAGUAUAAAUGGUUGUGAAUGAUUCUUAUAGCAUAAGUAUUGUUUGGUGACAGAUGAGUCAUUUUGCCCGUGCAGCUCCAAAACUCUGGAAUAGCCUACCAUUAGAAGUCUGGAAUCACGACCUACUGUAAAUAUUACUAACUUUUUUCUAUAGCUAAAAGCAUUUCUUUUUCAUUGAAUUGUAGAAACUUACCAAAUGGUCUAGAAAUGGAAGUGUAAUCUAUGUAUACUUAAAGUGUUGGACAUUCUGUAUGCCCUAUGGGUACCUGGCAGGAAUAAAUCCCUUGAAAUGCUUGUGCGCUGUGAAAAGCUUGCCAGGCUAAAGCCAGGGUAAUGAUAUCCAAAGUCCUUUGGGAAGUACAUGGAUGUGGUAAAUAUAAUAAGUUAUGCACUGAACAAGAACUGAAUAUCAUUGCUAUUAUUAUAAGUGUAUUAUUAAUAUGGAUAUUAUCAUUAUUGAAAAUCACAUGUGGACCUCUACACCAUGAUGUGUAAAGUAUACGAGGAUUAUCACCUUUUUAGUGUUUAUUGAACUCGGCCACUUUGUAUCUAUAUUUCUUGAAUUUUCAUGUAUUUAUCGCUUCAAACAUUCUCAGUACAUCAGAUUUUAUUUUCUUUUUUUCCAUCAUUCCAAGAUUUUUUUUAUUUGAUUGCUGGAAUGCCAAUUCGUCUUUGAAUUAUUCUUUUUCAUCAUUCCAAUAUUUUUUUUUUAAUUGUUGGAAAUCUAGUUCGUGUUUGAAUUUACUUAUUGUAUUAUACUUUAUAGCAUUUGAAAUUGAUAUUUGCUUAUUAUAUUAUAUAUAUAGUUUUGUAUUUAGGUGCAUGUAGAUAGGGAUGCGUGAACAAUAAGCUUUUUGUUUUUGGUAAAAUCCCCGAUCAUUGAUUUCCUUUUUUAUCUUUUUUUUUGGGGGGGUACUAUGAUUGUAUCGUAUCUUUGUAGAUUGACGAUUCAUACGUAGUCAAUUGAAUUGAGUAAAAAAAAAGCAAUCUUGAUGAAACAGUAAUGCACAGUAUAAACUCAUUUCAGGCCAAAUUUGGAUUCAGAUUUUUUGAUGUAGGAAUUUUUUUUAAUCGAGACCAUUGCUGGUUACCAAAUCAUAUUCAGAAUUGUUUUGGUCAUGGGCUAUAAGGGCCCUUCCAGGUUAUUUCAAGCUUGUUACAUUGAUUCUAACUUAUUAGAUGUCUUCUUUUUUUUUUACCUAGAAAUGAUUAUAUCGAUCUGUCUAUUUAAAAUGUUUCUUGUUUGAUUAAAGGUGCUUUUGAAUCUUGAGGGGAAGGGAGUAAUAAUUCAUUCAAAAGAUUUUAUGAUAUCACGCAUGAUGUCAUGUCAAAAAGAUCAGUUUGCAAAAAGUUUGAUUUUGUUCUCAUUUUUUAUAUUCCAAUAGUCGCAUCAUUAUAUUCCAAGAAUUCAUAAUACUCCAAGAGAUCAAUCUUCCUACUGUAGCGUUUUUAUAUAUUUUGAAUCUAUCCAUGCAAUGUAUUUUUCUAAUUCCUUAUAUUAAUUAUGAAUGAUAUUCCCACGUUAGCACUCCUGAUGAAUUUAUAUUAUGUAAAUAUUACUAAUUGAAGCUACAAUCUGUACUGAAGUAGGCCCAGGCAUUUCUCUGGUUAACAUCCGUCUAAAAAAAAAGAAUCUAUUCCACUUCAAGUACCGAUAGUCAGUGGUGACACAUUAGGAUUUGAUUCAACGAGGUUAGAAACCCCAGUUUUUCAUUUCCUAAAAUGCAAAUUCUGUGUUUAUGGGUGUUUUGAAUCCAGAUUCAAUGUUUUUUGGUAAAAUUUACGAAACAUGAUAAUGACAAACCAGAAUUAAGACACACGUUACAUUUCCAUUAUAUAUAUGCACACUGCAGUAUGCGAAUUUAGCUUGACUAUCACAUGCUGAACACCUGAAACAAAAUGAUAAGCCAGAUUUUUCACUGAAGCGUGGUUUUGUUAUUUUGGAGUUUGCUUUGAUUUAGUCUGAGUUGCACUGUACCAAUACGCUUGUUUAGGUGACAAAUUUUGACCUGAAAAUUAUACUUUCUGUGAAACCUUUGAAUUCCAUGAUUUUUGUUUAUGUUUUGCGGAAAACUGGGGAAUUUAAUCUAGGUAUAUCAUGGUUACUGGUAACCCAUGAGAAAGGCUUAUGAGGAUAUUGAGAUGAUGCCCACAAAGUGGUUCUUCUUGUGGGCAGGCGAAUUAAGUCGAUGACCCAGGAAAGUCCUCACAAAACUAUACACUGUUACUUGACUUACAUUCAUUAUUUCAUCCAAAUAUUGACUGAAUUGAAAGGAAAGGGUGUCAUUUUUCUUCAUAUACAUGUAUCUGUGGGUGUCCCAUAAAUGAAAGUUAUUCAGAUCUUAAUAUGGAUGUAAAAACUCAACAUAUCAAUAGAAGCAUUCAAAAUGGUGUUCUGAUAGGAAAAAGCUUUUAUUGGAGACUUUCUAUUUGUAUUUCUUCCAAAUGCUGUGUGCAAGGGGCAGUGUAUUGGUUUGAUGUGAAAAAUCUGUUUAAACUCUCAAAUGCCAUGCACAAUUUUAAUGU